AUGGAGCCGGGGGUCCGGGCCCGCGCUGGCCCCUCGCAGCCGGCGGCCCCGGGGCUGUGGAGGGCUCGGCCGGCGGGCGGCGGGGGCGGCGGCGGCAGCGGCGGCGGGAGCGGCGGCGGGGGCGCCUCCUCCUGGCUGCUGGACGGGAACAGCUGGCUGCUCUGCUAUGGCUUCCUCUACCUGGCGCUCUACGCGCAGGUGUCCCAGUCCAAGCCGUGCGAGAGGACCGGCUCCUGCUUCUCGGGCCGCUGUGUCAACUCCACCUGCCUCUGCGACCCGGGCUGGGUGGGGGACCAGUGCCAGCACUGCCAGGGCAGGUUCAAGUUAACAGAACCUUCUGGAUAUUUAACAGAUGGCCCAAUUAACUAUAAGUAUAAAACUAAAUGUACAUGGCUAAUUGAAGGCUAUCCAAAUGCUGUGUUAAGAUUAAGAUUCAAUCAUUUUGCUACAGAAUGUAGCUGGGAUCAUAUGUAUGUUUAUGAUGGAGAUUCAAUAUAUGCACCUUUAAUAGCUGUACUUAGUGGUUUGAUAGUCCCUGAAGUAAGGGGAAAUGAAACUGUGCCUGAAGUUGUUACAACAUCUGGCUAUGCACUGUUACAUUUUUUUAGUGAUGCUGCAUACAAUUUGACUGGUUUCAACAUUUUUUAUUCAAUCAAUUCUUGUCCUAACAAUUGCUCUGGUCAUGGGAAGUGUACAACUAGUAUCUCUGUUCCAAGUCAAGUAUAUUGUGAAUGUGAUAAAUACUGGAAGGGUGAAGCUUGUGAUAUUCCUUACUGUAAGGCCAAUUGUGGCAGUCCAGAUCACGGUUACUGUGACUUAACUGGAGAAAAAUUGUGUGUCUGCAAUGAUAGUUGGCAAGGUCCUGAUUGUUCUUUGAAUGUUCCUUCUACUGAAUCUUACUGGAUUCUUCCAAAUGUGAAACCCUUCAAUCCUUCUGUAGGUCGGGCUUCACAUAAAGCAGUUUUACAUGGGAAAUUUAUGUGGGUGAUUGGUGGAUAUACUUUUAACUACGGUUCUUUUCAAAUGGUCUUGAAUUACAAUUUAGAAAGCAGUAUAUGGAAUGUAGGAACUCUGUCAAGGGGGCCUCUCCAGAGAUAUGGACAUUCUCUUGCUUUAUAUCAGGAAAACAUCUUUAUGUAUGGAGGCAGAAUUGAAACAAAUGAUGGCAAUGUCACAGAUGAAUUAUGGGUUUUUAACAUAAAUAGUCAGUCAUGGAGUACAAAAACUCCUACUGUUCUUGGACAUGGUCAGCAGUAUGCUGUGGAGGGACAUUCAGCACAUAUUAUGGAGUUGGAUAGUAGAGAUGUUGUCAUGAUCAUAAUAUUUGGAUAUUCUGCAAUAUAUGGUUACACAAGCAGCAUACAGGAAUACCAUAUCUCAUCAAACACUUGGCUUGUUCCAGAAACUAAAGGAGCAAUUGUCCAAGGUGGAUAUGGCCACACCAGUGUGUAUGAUGAAAUAACAAAGUCUAUAUAUGUUCAUGGAGGCUAUAAAGCAUUACCAGGCAAUAAAUAUGGAUUGGUGGAUGAUCUUUAUAAGUAUGAAGUUAACACUAAGACUUGGACUAUUUUGAGAGAAAGUGGGUUUGCCAGAUACCUUCAUUCAGCUGUUCUUAUCAAUGGAGCUAUGCUUAUUUUUGGAGGAAAUACCCAUAAUGACACUUCCUUGAGUAACGGUGCAAAAUGUUUUUCUGCCGAUUUCCUGGCAUAUGACAUAGCUUGUGAUGAAUGGAAAAUAUUACCGAAACCAAAUCUUCAUAGAGAUGUCAACAGAUUUGGACACUCUGCAGUAGUCAUUAAUGGGUCCAUGUAUGUUUUUGGGGGAUUUUCUAGUGUACUCCUUAGCGAUAUCCUUGUUUACAAGCCUCCAAAUUGCAAGGCUUUCAGAGAUGAAGAACUUUGUAAAAAUGCUGGUCCAGGAAUAAAAUGCGUUUGGAAUAAAAAUCAUUGUGAAUCUUGGGAAUCUGGAAAUACUAAUAAUAUUCUUAGAGCAAAAUGCCCUCCUAAAAUAGCUGCUUCUGAUGACAGAUGUUACAGAUACGCAGAUUGUGCCAGCUGUACAGCCAACACAAAUGGGUGCCAGUGGUGUGAUGACAAGAAGUGCAUUUCAGCAAACAGCAACUGCAGUAUGUCUGUCAAAAACUACACCAAAUGUCAUGUGAGAAAUGAGCAGAUUUGUAACAAACUUACCAGCUGUAAAAGCUGCUCACUAAACUUAAACUGCCAAUGGGAUCAACGGCAACAGGAAUGCCAGGCUUUACCAGCUCAUCUUUGUGGAGAAGGAUGGAAUCACGUUGGCGAUGCUUGUCUUAGAAUCAAUUCCAGUAGAGAAAGCUAUGACAAUGCAAAACUUUAUUGCUAUAAUCUUAGUGGAAAUCUUGCUUCAUUAACAACUUCAAAAGAAGUAGAAUUCGUUCUGGAUGAAAUACAGAAGUAUACACAACAGAAAGUAUCACCUUGGGUAGGCUUGCGCAAGAUUAAUAUAUCCUACUGGGGAUGGGAAGACAUGUCUCCUUUUACAAACACAACGCUACAGUGGCUUCCUGGUGAACCAAAUGAUUCUGGAUUCUGUGCAUAUCUAGAAAGGGCUGCAGUGGCAGGUUUAAAAGCUAAUCCUUGUACAUCUAUGGCAGAUGGACUUGUUUGUGAAAAGCCUGUUGUUAGUCCAAAUCAAAAUGCGAGACCAUGCAAAAAGCCGUGCUCUCUAAGGACAUCAUGUUCCAACUGUACAAGUAAUGGCAUGGAAUGUAUGUGGUGCAGCAGUACGAAGCGAUGUGUCGACUCUAAUGCUUAUAUAAUCUCCUUUCCAUACGGACAGUGUCUAGAGUGGCAAACUGCCACCUGCUCUCCUCAAAAUUGUUCUGGAUUGAGAACGUGUGGGCAGUGUUUGGAACAGCCUGGAUGUGGCUGGUGCAAUGAUCCUAGUAAUACGGGAAGAGGCCAUUGCAUUGAAGGAUCUUCACGGGGACCAAUGAAGUUUGUUGGGAUGCACACCAAUGAGAUGGUUCUUGACACUAAUCUUUGUCCCAAAGAAAAGAACUAUGAAUGGUCCUUUAUCCAGUGUCCAGCUUGCCAGUGUAAUGGACAUAGCACUUGCAUCAAUAACAAUGUGUGUGAACAGUGUAAAAAUCUGACCACAGGAAAACAGUGUCAAGACUGCAUGCCAGGUUAUUAUGGAGACCCAACCAAUGGAGGACAGUGCACAGCUUGUACAUGCAGUGGACAUGCAAAUAUUUGUCAUCUACACACAGGAAAAUGUUUCUGUACAACUAAAGGAAUAAAAGGUGAUCAAUGCCAAUUAUGUGACUCUGAAAAUCGUUAUGUUGGUAAUCCGCUUAGAGGCACAUGUUAUUAUAGCCUUUUGAUUGACUAUCAGUUUACCUUCAGCUUAUUACAGGAAGAUGAUCGCCACCAUACUGCCAUAAACUUCAUAGCAAACCCAGAGCAGUCAAACAAAAAUUUGGAUAUUUCAAUAAAUGCAUCAAACAACUUUAAUCUGAACAUCACAUGGUCAGUUGGUUCAACAGCUGGAACAAUAUCUGGGGAGGAGACUCCAAUAGUUUCCAAGGCUAAUAUAAAGGAAUACAGAGACAGUUUUUCCUAUGAGAAAUUUAACUUUAGAAGCAAUCCUAACAUCACAUUCUAUGUGUACGUCAGCAACUUUUCCUGGCCUAUUAAGAUACAGAUUGCGUUCUCACAACACAAUACCAUCAUGGAUCUGGUGCAGUUUUUUGUGACCUUCUUCAGUUGUUUUUUAUCCUUGUUACUUGUGGCUGCUGUGGUAUGGAAGAUUAAACAAACUUGUUGGGCUUCUCGACGUCGAGAGCAACUGCUUCGAGAACGACAGCAGAUGGCCAGCCGCCCGUUUGCUUCUGUUGAUGUAGCACUGGAAGUGGGCGCGGAACAAGCAGACUUCCUGCGAGGGCCAUUAGAGGGAGCGCCGAAACCCAUAGCCAUGGAACCCUGUGCUGGGAACAGAGCUGCAGUUCUAACCGUGUUCCUUUGUCUGCCGCGAGGAUCAUCAGGUGCCCCUCCCCCUGGACAGUCAGGCCUUGCAAUUGCAAGUGCUCUAAUAGACAUUUCCCAACAGAAGCCUUCAGAGAGUAAAGACAAGACUUCGGGAGUCCGGAACCGAAAGCAUCUCUCCACACGUCAAGGAACCUGUGUCUGAGGAAUGGAAGUCGGCCCUGUAUAUUCUGUACUGUUUUACUUCCUAAAUGGCUUCUGUUAAAGCUGUUUUAUGGCCUCAGGUUUUAUGGAGGCAGAUCUCUGUAUGACCCAAGGCCUGAUGCAGUUCCCUCCAAGUGGGCAGUGACCCAGGUGGCCAAAGAAUGUUUGUGAGUUUUAUAAAAAUAAUAGCAUUGAUGGUCACAGGUGAUGAAGUCCGUUUUUACGGCUGUCUUAGGCUUCUCACAGUUAGCAUUAAAGCAAUCUGGAAGAAGAUGUACACUGUUUCUUAAUGCUGAUGAAAAAUAGGUAAUUCAUAUAAAUCAACUGUUUAUAUCCCAAGACUUUAAAGAAAGACAUUUUAUAAUGCCUGAAUGAUGAGAAUUGUACAGUUUUUGCUCAUAAGCAAAUUUAUUUCCUGUAUAUGAACAGGAAAUGAAUAAGUUGCAAUGGCUUUAAAUGUUGUUUUAUCUCAUUAUAAAUGUGAAAGUAAGAUUUUUGACUUAAUAGUAGUACGUAGAUGUGUUUAAAUGUCUCACAUGACCAUGCUCUCUCCGAAUUCAGUCUGAGAAGGUGACCACAUCUACCCAGCAAGAACACAGAGCAGAAGGAGUCCAUCUGGUUGGAGAGCCCAUGCCACUUUCCAGGCUGUUUGUUAGAAUUCUGAGUGUAGAGGACAUUCCUGUCGGCCAUGCCAGCCACCUAACUCAUUAUCAGAGCUGAUGGAGCACGGAAAAGCCUGUCCAGCGAUCAAUUUUCCCCUCCUUCCAAAAACAGCCUCCAGUACCACAACCUGAAGAGAGCGGAAAUAGUUGUUUUACAGCUUUUGCUCCAAUAGGAUAAUUUUUUAAUUGCCUACGAAUCAUUGGAUCAGACCUGAAUGAUCUAUUUGCAUGUUUGGAAGAACAUGUCAUUUCCUUUUGGCCUUCCUCUCCUAGCUGCUAGAUUUUACUUACCUUUCCCAAAGGGUAUGAAAUGUAUUUUAGAGGUGACGUCUCCCAAGUUACAACAUGACCCAAGUUCCUUCCUGCCACCUUUUCCCUUAGAAUAAAAGAAGAGGAACGUGUGGGCUGGCGACCAUCAAUAUUAUUCUUAUUUCUAAUAUGAACAUAUUGGUGCCAUGAGAGAAAGCCUACAGUUUGCAAAAUAACUUCAUUGUUGCCCACAUUCAGCAUAUUCUUAACAACUCAAACUCUGAAUGAUGGCAGAAAAGAAAAAUGAAACAGUGUUCACAUUAAGCCAUAAAAUCAUUUGAUUCCUAAGAAUGUUGACAACAGUUCACUAAAACUCAGUAGCACUAACAGAUCUAGUUUGUAUUGCAUUGCUUACCUUCAGUGUGACUACAGAAUAUAUGUAAGAACAGUGACAAAGAUAUCCAAAGCUGCUGUAUAUGAUAUAGUUUUGUUCAAUAUGAAAGUCAUUUAAAUAUAGUUGUUUAGAACUAUAUAUGUACCUUUCAUGUUCUUUGGAUUUCUGGAAGGUAAUUACACUUACUGUUUACAGCUAAUGCAUAGUUACUUGCAUGCCAUGGAUGUACAGUAGCAGAACGCGACCCUAUUGUGAUAUUAAAUGUUUAUUUCAUAAUGUCAUUUAUACAUAGUUGGCUUAAUUUGAUGAAGAUUCAAUGUAAUAUAUAACAGGAAUGACCAUACACUAUGUAGUUGCAUCUUAUAAGAUAUUUCUAGGUUGCAUCUAACCAUGUUUGUGUCAUUAUUUUAAUAAUUAAGCAUUUAUGAAUUAUAGCAUAUAUUCCUUAUGUUGGCAUGGUAAUUUUGCUAUUUUCCAUGCAUUAAAAUAAGAUGAAUUCCUAGAGUAAUUUUACUAAUUUUAUCUAUAGCCUUGAGUUCUAUUUGAAGGGUGUGGGUCAAGGGGGUACCACUUGUUUUUAUUUUCUUAUGGUAUUUUCUCACUCAAAAAAAAAAAAAAAACAGUGACCUAAGCCUGUAAAUAUCUCCUAGAAACAAUCAAGUAAUCUUUUCAGCUUGUUUUGGACCCUUUAAAUGUUAACUUUUCUUGUGGGAAAAUAAAUUGACUAAAGUAGUGAUUAUAAAGAUAUAAUCAUUUAAAAAUAAAAUGAUCGCCAAUUUGUUUAAUUCUCCAACAGUUGUCAGGAGAGAAAGCUUGUGUAUAAAAACAUACAGCCAUGAAUGGUAAAUCUGUUCCAGCUCUAUUUUUAGAGAAGCUAAGCAAAUAGCAUUACUGGGAAAGAGUCGUCAAUGUUUUUCCACUUUGAAUCCCAUUGGGUCCUUAAAACUUGAAAAUUCAAAUUUUAGAGAACUAUGGGACAUAAUGCAAUGUGAAGUUAAAGUCAUACUGUAGCUUUUGGGUGCAAAUAGUUCUAAUUCCAUGGCUAAUUAUGCAAUAACUUAUCAAAGGUUUUUACUAGCAAGAAAAUUCUUCACCCUCAGGUGAGGUGGGUUGAAAUGACAUCGAGGAUCAAGGGUAAUCACUUUGAAUCUGUGUCUUGGUUUCUUUUCCCCUGCAUCCCAAACACAUUAAAUUUGGAUGCUUUCAUUUUAGGAAAAUCAAACCACACAUCUAUGCAGAUACUUUCCAAGAGAUUAGGUGAUAAAUGAAUGAUUCUCUUGAAAACUUACUUUAAUGAACUUCUGAACAUUUCAGUUUAGAAUGACUUUGAAAAAUUCUCUAGAUUUUAGGAUUUCUUCUUCAGCCAAGUAUGAAUAAAUUUUGGUUAAGUAGAAUGGAGUUUUAAAAGUUAACAUGGGGACACAGUUUGGAUAACUAGAAAAUUAUUGUGAAAAAGAAUCUGCACAGCUUACAGAUUGAUUUAAUCGAUUUAAAACAAAUUGGGAUUCUCAUAAUUGCUUUAAAUGGAAAUUUAUUUUAGUGAGACAUAGGGAAGGAAGACGAGCGCUGUAUACUGUAGUGUUGUGGUCCAUAGGAAAGCUUCAAGUAGGAAUGUCUACAGUGGCCAGGACCAAAGCUCAAAGCUGGGAGUUCCUUCAGGCCUCCCAUGGGAGCUGCAGAACCGAAGUCACUGGUGCCAUCCCUUCUGUCCUGAAGCGUCUUCACUAGGAGGAGCCUGGAGACGGGGGUAGAGCUGGGCCCCAAACGCAGGCACUUCAGGAUGGGGUGGGUGAGGGUCUUCACCACAAGGGCAGAGGCCUGCCUGAGCCCUGUUCCUGUGUGUGACUGACAAGUGCUGUACUUCCCGCUGUCUUCCUUGCAAGUCAGUACGGUGGAGGGAACGGACGGCUGUUGUCCAUAGCCUGGAGUCACUUGGAGUGCAGACUCAUGGACAGCUGGAGCCAGGAUGUGGGGACCAGCUUUGCAUCGAGUGGUGGUGGACAUUUUGAAGCCUUAGCCAUCCGUCAGGAAAUGGAAGUAACAGAGCCCAGCUUGCCAAGUGGUUGUGAUGCCAGAAGGUGCCACACAGCUCCCACAGUGGAGCUCGGUGCAGCCUCCCGGGGUUCAUCAGGAUGCCACCAGGCCACCCCUCUCCUACCAGUUGUUUUCAUCUAUUAAUUUCCAUCCAUCUUUUCACCAGAGGUAAAAGGUAGAUAUUUACAAAAAGACUUCCUGAAGAUCUUAAGUUCCUAUAUUUCUAGCAUAUAGGGAAUUCCUUUAAGAAAAAAAAAAAGAAAGAAAAAGAAAAAGAAAACCUACUUUGACAUCUGGGUCAAUUGGAACUUUGACUCUAAACCUGUACCAUGUCAGUGGAGUAUUUUUCAGAAUUACCACUGAUGACAUUUAAACAGAAACAUCAGUUGUCCCCUUUCACUCCCAGAUUAGGCAAGAUGGAGGCCAGCACUAACAUGUUAUUGUCACACACAGUACAUCUCUUUUCAGGGAAUAGGAGCCUGUGAUUUGAAAAAUAUAUUUAAAAAGGGGAACAGAUCAAAUGAAGUAAUUCUACCCACCUACACUUUUUUUUAAAAAAUCAACUUCCAAACCCAUUCGCUCUUUACCAGGGUGAGCUUGGCACCUGCUUGGUGAUAAGGAUUCCCAGGGUUAGAGCAGAUUCCUAGCCACAGGCUCAGACGUACCAGGAUGGGAACUGGAGAGCAGUGAGUGUCUCAGACUCAGCGACUUUUCCCAGGAGGCAAAUCCGGGACACACUGCACUGGGCCCAGAGCUGCCUUUGUCUACAGUUGGAGGGAGUUCUUUAAAUAACAAAGUUAUCACUCUAAUUCAAAAUGCGUUAAAUAAUUUUCCAAGGAGUACAAGCCAUCUGGUUGGUGUAACAGCAGUGUUUUCAUUAUAGUGUACAUUGAACAUUUUCGUUCUAUCAAGUCUUAAAUCAAGAAAUAGAACCAGAGACACUAUCAAUAUAUAUGUACACAGGUGUGCAUGCCAGUGUUAAAAACAGAUUGUAUAAAAGUUCAAAUCCGCUUUCAAAAGCCAACAUUUUAUGAUAAUGUGCUACUAAUUGGGACUUUAACUACUGAAAUAAAAACAUUGGCUCUUCCAAC